AUGGAUUUCGCAGCACUCAUGAACAAGGAGCUCUCCAAGAGCAAGAAAGGCUCCGGAAGCGACGAAAAGAAAUACCUUAAACGCUCAGAGAUUGAAGCGCAAAGAAAAGAAGCCUACCUCGCCGAACAAAAAGCCCUCCAGGACGAGCGCGAAGCCAAAGCCGCCGCAAAACGAAAACGAGAGGAAGACGCGGCCGCCGAGAAUGCUGCGCGCGAGGAGAAACGUCGCAAGCUUGCAGAAGAUAUGAGAAAGAGACGUGAAGAACAAGAAGCCGAAGAAGAACGCGCUCGUAGAAAGCGCCUUGGUCUACCAGAGCUGGUAAAGGCAAAGAGUGAAGAUGCCGAGGAAGGUGUCCACGCAAGCGAGGAUGUUCCCGAAGAAGAGCUGAUUGAAAAGUUGAGGGCUCUUGGCGAGCCGGUGGUUUUAUUUGGAGAGAGUCACGCUGCGCGAGUGAGACGAUACCGCAGGUUGACGACAGUGAUCACCAAGGGCCCGAUCCCGACAACGUUGCAGCUCGUGGAUGAGAAGGACAUGAAAGUCGAUACCGAGUUACCAAAGGACAAGGAAGGCAGGAAAUGGCUGUUCCGACAACUGGCGAGCUACUUCACUAUGGUUCUUACGGAGUAUGAGCGGGCAAUGGAAGCAGAGAAGCGCGAUACGAGUGCCAGCAAGACAGCAUAUAACGCAAUGGUACAGACACGAGAGAACAUGAAGCCGCUGUUCCGCAAAUUCGAACAGGGAGAACUCGACGAUGACAUUCUCAAGCCGGUGCUAGAAAUUGUCCAGGCUCUUCAAGAACGCCGCUACGUUGAUGCGAACGACGGGUACCUACGACUCAGUAUCGGUAAGGCGGCAUGGCCUAUUGGUGUUACAAUGGUUGGUAUCCACGAGCGUAGUGCUCGUGAGAAGCUACACGAUGGUGAGAAGGGCCAUGUCAUGGGUGAUGAGGUUACGCGCAAAUACCUGCAGAGCAUCAAACGUUGUCUCACCUUCGCACAAGUGCGCUGGCCACCUACAGACUUGCGGCAGUUGAUGGGUUAA